GGGGAUUUUCCAUCAAAGAGUGAGCGGAAGCUGCAGCGCUUAUCGCUUACAAACGGCUAUGGAAUUUAAUCCGGCUCCGUAAAAAAAUGCAAAAAUGCCGUUUCAUUAAUAAAUCAAGAAAAUCAUUCCAUUAUUACCCGCUGCCGCUCCAUUCCUUCUUUUCAUUUCACAAGUAUCACUGAGUUCGAAAUCUUUGAUCCGUUUUCUUCUUUCGGCCGACAUGACUUUUGGAAUUUUACGACUCACUAGGCCUACCAAAACAAACACCUGAGGAAGCCCUAAUCAAUCCCGAAAAUCGCCGGGUCUGGUGCUCUACUAAUACCCGAAUGAAAUCGUUGAGCUGUGGUUGAACAAUCAAGACUAAAAUCCGAUCUUGUUCAAAAAGAUAUACGAGAUAAAUAACUCGGACCUCCCACCCCGCGCUUUUUAAGGACGUCUUUCAUUUCUCUGCACUGGGCAUUCUGACCUACAUUCCGCCAUCAUGGCCAACGAGCAGCAGGUUCACGAACACAUGCCUCGAAAGGCCAAGCACAAGGAACAAUUUCCUAUGACAAAUUGGAUUUAUGAUGUAUUCCUAUGGACUUUUUCAAUACUUGUCGACCUCUUCUUUCGAGAAGUCCACCCAAGAGGAGCAUGGAAAGUUCCAAGGCGCGGGCCUGUUAUCUUUGUAGCAGCCCCUCACGCAAAUCAGUUCGUCGACCCUCUUAUUCUAAUGCGCACUCUCCGAAAUGAAUGCCAUCGUCGCGCCGCUUUCCUUAUCGCCGCCAAAUCUAUGGGUCGAUUCAUCGUGGGCUGGUUUGCACGGAAAGUGGGCGCGGUUCCUGUUGGACGAGCUCUGGACAUGGUCAAGCCUGGAUCUGGUACAAUAUACCUACCAGACCCUAUCAAUGAUCCACUUCUCAUUCGUGGGGUUGGUACAAAAUUCGACGGCAAGGAAGUACAAGUUGGAGGGUUACUGGUUUUGCCUACAAUAGACGGGACCGCAGCCAAUACCGAAAUAGCCGAAGUAAUUAGCGCAGAGGAGAUCAGAUUGAAGAAACCUUUCAAAGGUCGAAACGCUAUGAUACAGCUCACUGGACGAAACGAUGUUGAUGGGAAUGGCAAGUUUGGUGAUGAGUCCGUCAAGGGUACCAAGGAAGGGUUUGAAGGAUCAAAAUAUAAGACGGCCCCAAAAGUUGAUCAAACCCAAGUUUAUGAUGCCGUCUUUGAUCGUCUCAAAGGUGGUGGAGCUGUUGGUAUUUUCCCAGAAGGUGGAAGUCACGACAGGACCGAAUUGCUUCCUUUGAAAGCUGGUGUGGCUAUUAUGGCUCUUGGAUCUUUGGCUGCUAAUCCCGACAGCGGUCUUCAAAUUGUACCAUGUGGCAUGAAUUAUUUCCAUGCCCAUAAGUUUCGCUCCAGAGCCGUGAUUGAGUUUGGUAAUCCCAUCGAAGUUCCAAAAGAGCUUGUUGAGCUCUACAAAAGUGGAGACCGAAGAGGGGCAGUCAGUCAACUAUUGGAUAUUGUAUACCAAGCCCUUGUUGCUGUUACUGUUACAAGUCCUGACUACGAUACUCUCAUGCUUAUCCAAGCUGCUCGAAGACUCUAUAACCCAACUGGAAAAAAGCUUCCACUUCCCAUGGUAGUCGAGUUAAAUCGAAGACUGGUCAAGGGUUACACGCAUUACAAGGAUGAUCCAAGGAUUGUUUCACUCAAGAAAUCCGUUUUGGAUUACAACCGACAACUACGUUAUAUGAAUCUUAAGGAUCAUCAAGUCGAAUAUGCCAAAUUUUCUGUUCCAAAAGCCGUAUUCCUUUUAUUUUACCGCCUAGGCAAGCUAGCCGUUUUAUCUAUUGGUGUCAUUCCAGGGCUUGUCUUAUUUGCACCAGUUUUCAUAGCUUCAAAAAUCAUUAGCAUCAAGAAGUCGAAGGAAGCUUUAGCUGCUUCCACGGUCAAACUUCAAGGUCGGGAUGUUAUGGCAACAUGGAAACUCUUGGUCGCCCUUGCUUUUGCACCGAUUUUAUACAACUUUUACACCAUUAUUCUCGCAUAUUGGACUUACAAUAACAGAGUUCAAGGAUAUGUGCCCGAAUGGGUACCCCUCUGGGCUAUCUUCGUUUUCGGAUAUAUCAUUUUCCCAGCUAUUACAUUCGCAGCCCUUCGAUUUGGAGAAGUUGGCAUGGAUAUUGCUAAAUCACUGCGACCAUUAGUUGUUGCUCUUAACCCAUCUUCUAGCAAUGUCAUCUUUAAACUACGUGAGCGCAGAGCACAACUCAGCGCACAGGUUACAGAUGUUAUUAACACACUUGGUCCUGAAAUGUUCCCUGAUUUCGACGCUUCCAGAAUAGUAGCCGAUCCCUUCAAUCGUGAGGGGGCUAAGACUCCCACUUCACCUCGUCAAAGUGAUCUACGUCGCGGCAGCAAUCAUUCGGGCAUCUCGGAUGAAUCGCCGCCACGUAUCCUUCAUAGAAGCAAUACUGCAGGUGCAUCUAUUGGCGGUGGCUCUAGUAUGAAUGGACACCUUCCACGUAACGAGUCGUUUGGAAACCUAGGUAAUAUUGCACUAUUUGCAACGCGCCCACCAUCCAGGAGUAGGAGCCGUAGUAGCAGUAGCGGUGGUGCCGUAGGGUCAUCGGGAUUCCCAUUGAAAAGCUUUAGCGCAUUGGAUGGGAAAGCAAGUUUUGAUGAGGUUAGCCAGAAGAUUCGUGGUGCGAUGAAGGAGAGGGGACAAAUGAGACGGAGACAGAGUGAAGUGAAUAGGGAAGAGGAAGAUGCAGCAUAUAGUAGUGGAGACGAGGAAAGAAAAAGAGUGUAGAGGAAGAGGAAGGAAAAGUUAAUUGGGUUGGCUAUCUUGACAGAGGCAGCAUAAACGAGGCGAAGAGCUGAAACGGAUGGGAUGGGAUGGGAUGGGAUAGUUUGUCAACGGGGCGUAGCGUGGGCGUUUGGGAGGGAAAUACCACUACUAUAGAUGGACGUCUUUCAACAAUCCUAGAUGAAUGAAAAUCGUAAUAGGUUCAUUUAAUUGUUCUAUCUUUUUACUUGUGUUA